AUGAACCGACAGCAAAUCGUAUCAUCUUCCAUUACUGUCCUGUUUAUUAUUACAGUCAUCGGCAUCGUCCUCAUAGGUAAGUCGGUAGCUGAAGAAGCAGGAAUAGGAUCCUUCUUCAAGAAGCCAGGCAACGACGAACCGUCGACUCCACCAGAGAAUGAACUGCAAGCACUGAUUCACGACGAGGUCCUCGUGGCUGCCACCAAACUCAGCAAAGACCUGGCAACUGCCACUCAGCAGCUUCGCGAUGUUCAAAUGAUCAAGCCUCUCCAGGAAACGACUAGUAACCGCCAAGCAGAACCUACAGUAUAG